AUCUUAUAGAAUACUAGGCGAGGAAGAGAGGAGAUAUUUUUUGCGUCUUAACAAAGACAAAAAUGGCAACACUUUCUCUCUUCUCUCUUUCCCAUUCAGUUCCGAUACUACAGCUGCGUCCCUGGUUUCCCUCUCCCCAACCCCAUUUCUCCAACCCCGUCCUCUCCUCAUUUACUGCUUCUACUUCUCUCAAAUUGAGUGGCUUUCGGGAUAAAACUGUGGUCUUCGGAACCAAGUCAAGCGACCCAAACGAAGCCCAGUUCUUGGACGAAAAUGGAGUUGUUGAUGAUAUGGAUGGCUAUCUCAACUACCUUUCGCUUGAAUAUGAUUCCGUUUGGGAUACUAAACCAUCCUGGUGUCAACCAUGGACAAUUACUUUGACUGGGGCUUCGGCAAUUGCCUGUAGCUGGCUGAUUUUACACUCAAUAUUAGUCACUGCAAUCUUAUCAUUACUGAUAUGCGCGUGGUGGUACAUAUUUUUGUAUUCUUAUCCCAAGGCAUACGAGGACAUGAUUGCUGAACGAAGGAAGAGGGUGACAAACGGUGUUGAAGACACGUUUGGCUUGAGAAAGAGUCAGUGAUAUUGGUAAAAAGAAAAUUGACACGAUGACUUUCUUUUCUGUCUUUGUAAAGUUUGUAUGUAGGUCUAUCUAUUAAUCGUAUGAUUUCUUUGUUAAAAUUCAGAGCAAUGUGUUGACUUCAAAUGAAUGAAUUUCGAAGAAAAAAUUGACUACA